AUGGUGCCUUUUUCACAAGAUAGUUUCUUCAUUGGACGGGGAGAUGUCAUCCGCCGGAUCAAAGAAAAGUCACAAAUUGCGAUUGAGUACGCAUAUCAAGCCCGCAAGGAAACACCCCACCUGACGGUCAUGUGGAUACAUGCAAGCAGCCCCGAAAGAUUACAACAGGAAUACACGAAAAUUGCCGAAAAGCUUCAGUUGCCUGGAUGGGAUGAUCCCAAGGCAAAUGUACUAAAGCUUGUAUGUGAUUGGCUGUUGGACAGCCAAAAUGGGCAAUGGCUAAUGAUAUUGGAUAACGUUGACGAAACUGAAAUUCUUCUCAGCAGCAAUCAGGAAAGUGGUUCUCUUGAGAGCUAUCUUCCACAAACCACGCACGGGACAAUCCUAAUCACAUCAAGAAACAAGAUUGCAGCAGCCAAUCUUGUUGGUGUACCCAGUGGCAUUAUUGAGGUAGAACCGAUGAGCGAAGAAGACGCAGUAGCGCUGCUUCACACGAGAGUAUCCUCUACGCAGUCAGACCCAGCAGAUGCUAAGGCACUCGUUCAAGCAUUGGAGUGUAUUCCGCUAGCCAUCACCCACGCCGCGGCGUACAUUCAUAAACUAAAAGGAGCAGUGACGAUAAGCGGCUACCUCAAUCUUUUUCGCGAAAGCGAGGCCAAUCAGGUGCGCUUGCUUAGCGAAGAUGGGUUGAAGGACAUUCGGCGCGAUCCAAGCAUACGGCAUGCAGUAAUAUCGACAUGGGAGAUCUCAUUUGAACACAUCCGAAAGACGGAGCGAUCGGCAGCGGACUUACUUGCGCUCAUGAGCAUGUUCCACAGGCAAGAUAUCCCACGAAAGCUAUUGCAAGGUACGACUAGCGAACUGGAUUUCAACGAUGCUCUGGCGCCGCUACUUGGCUUCUCUUUUGUGAAAAUUGAGGUCGGGCAGCAGGCAAUGACGAUAUAUCGCUUGGUGCAGCUAUCGAUGAGGCGAUGGUUAGAGAAAGAGAAAGAGAAAGAGAUUGAAAAGUGGGUUAAAGAAUCUACACGAGCUAUGAAUAUGGUUUUCCCAAGUGGGGAGUACGGGACAUGGGAGGAGUGUCGAGUGCUGCUGCCGCACUUCAAAGAAACUAUCAGCCAUGCCACGACCGAUAAAGAAAGUGUACAUGGGCGCGAGAACAAGCGUACAAUGUUCCAUGUCAACAACCUUGCAAUCAUACUAGGGAGACUUGGAAAGUCGGAAGAGGCAGAAGAUAUGCACCGGAAAGUGCUGCAAGGACGCAAGAAAAUGUUUGGAUGCGAAGACUCUGGGACGCUUAGUAGUAUUAGUAACCUUGCAGAAGUGUUAUUAAAACAGGGAAAGUUGGAAGAGGCAGAAGACAUGCAGCGACGAGCGCUGCAAGGACGGGAGAAGAUUUUCAAGUAUACGCACCCAAAGACACUUCACUGUGCCAAUCACCUUGCGAUACUAUUAAUGAAACAGAGAAAAUGGAACGAGGCAGAAGAUAUGCACCGGCGAGUGCUGGAGGGAUACGAGACGUUGUUCGGACACCAACACCCAAAAACACUCAACAGCCUUUACAAUCUAGGCUUUCUUUUUCAUAGACAACGGCGCUGUUUGAGAGAGAGAUGGUGGCAAAUGAUGAUAUAUGAGGUUUGUCAAAUAUCGAUAUCGAUAUCGUUCGUCUUUUUUUUUUGGGAGGGGGGAAGGAGGGCAAGUUAUUGA